UCCUCAGUCGAUCAGCGACAAACCCUAACAUCGAAUCGAAUCAAUUCAAUCCGCGAAAGACACAGUUGCGGAGAGUUCGGGAGGAAUUAUGGCUGCGCAGCAAGAGAGGAAGGAGAUGGACGCCAGGGCGAAGCAAGGGGAGACGGUGGUUCCCGGCGGCACCGGCGGCAAAAGCCUCGAAGCGCAGGAGCACCUCGCCGAAGGGAGGAGCAGGGGAGGGCAGACGAGGAAGGAGCAGCUGGGGACGGAGGGGUACCAGGAGAUGGGGCGGAAGGGAGGACUGAGCUCCGGCGAGGGUGCGGCGGAGGUGGACGAAUCGAAGUUCAGGACUGGGUGAAUAUAUAUCCUUCAAGUUUGAAGGAGUGUCUGUAAUGGAGGAUAUGAUAUGAAGAUAUCAUGGUGAUGUGUAUGUAGUUAGGUUUCAAUAAAAACGACGUCGUCUGGUCUGAGUGUGAGAUCUGAGGUGUGUCUUCCAUGGCGGUUUUGUGUUGGCUUUAGUUGAGACGAUGAUAUCUCUGUGUAUACAUGACUGUCGAGUGUUUUCUUUCU